AUUGGGAUUUGAUGUCGCAAAACAAAAGUCAUUUGUAAUACCUUUACUGACGAAAGAGCGGUAUUGGUUUUAUAUAUACGUUGCAUUUAUUACACAAUCAAAACGCGAUCUGUUAGAUAGAAGUUGUUAAGUGAAAUACUUAUUGGGAAUUUUAAUUUCUGUUAGAUAAGAAGAGCUGUCCUGAUGGUAUUAUAAAGACUUAAGGAUGGCAUCCUCUAUAACAAGUUUGGUACAUCCAAGCUGCACUCAGAGGUGUUCCCUGAAAAGGAGAAGAUCGCAUCGAUCAUCAAAGUACACAAGUAAUGAAGCAAUGAAAGGUGAAGAACAUUGGACUAAAGUUCUCCAGACAAAAGAACAAACUGCAUUUUAUAAAAACAGAUGUGCUUGUAAAAAAUCGCCAAAUUUAAAUAGUUUAGUCCGUCAUCGGUCAGAAGGAGCGGAAAAUAUAUUUCCUUCAGUUUUUCGACGAUUCUAUGUAUGGAUAAAUUCUAGAGUAAAAUCACAUAAUACACAUGAUCAUGACAAAGUUUUCAUACCGGAAAUUCAGACACGAUCAGGAUCUGACUCCGGAUGCGAAACAGAUAUAAUAUCAAAUACACAUCCGGUCUUGAUACGAACUCAAAAACUACAACUUGACCUAAUUAGCAUAAACGAUGCAGAUGACCCAAACUAUGUAUAUAUUAGAAACAAUAAAUCAGCUGACGCCUCACCAUCGCUUCAUCCAUUUUCAUCUAUUCAUAACUCAUUUUCGAAUAUUAAUGAAGUACUUACUGAUGACAACAAAAAGAAUUUUUUAACACUCAGCGUGGGAGAAUCUGGAAGCCGACAAAAUUUAACAGUUACAAGAAGUGCACCUUCACAAAGCCAGCGAACAUCACGUGUGGCUGAACCAGUCUGUAAAAUCAAACCAUAUCACACGUGGCCUCUUUCGAGAAAAGUUCUAGAACAGAAAGAAGAAGAAAAGAGUACAGUGUUUGACAAUUUAGAAAACCGUUCUAUGUACCGAAAUCCGUCAGCUGAAGAUCUCACAAACCUGAAGGAAUUUUCCAUUCCAUACGAAGACCUUGAAUUUACCACGUGUUUUCGGACUGGCAGAGAUCGGGUCAUUUACCGAGGGAAAUGGCAUGGUGAUGUCAACAUACAUUAUUAUGGCAGUUACACAGCUUUAGAUUUCUGGCAUUUGGUUACAAAGAUGCAGCGAGUUCGUCACGAAAAUGUUGCUUUAUUUAUGGGAUCGUGUACAGAUUUCAACAAAUAUUCCAUUAUUGAAAGCAUACAAGAUGGCGUAUCGUUAUACGAACAUAUACAUAUCCAGAAAGAAGUCUCAAGUAUGCAGUCCAAAAUACAGCUUCUACGGCAGAUCUCUCAUGGAAUGGGAUAUCUUCAUGCAAAAGGAAUAGUGGUGAAAAAUCUUAAUACAAGAAAUAUAUUUUUGUGUCCAAAAGCACGCGUCAGUGUUAUGGAUUAUGGAAUUGUGGAACCACAACAUGAUAGAGAGGGAUUAGCUUGUGUACCAAGAGGAUAUCUUACAUACAUGGCCCCUGAAAUUCUACGUACAUUGAUGGUUGAUCCACCAAUCAUUUACAUGAAGGCAGAAUGCACAAAAGAAUCAGACGUUUUUGCUUUCGGGACUAUAGUUUAUGAAUUGGUCACGUGGAGGUAUCCCUUUUUUGGACAGUUACCUGAAUCUAUUAUAUGGAGAAUAUGUACCAAUCAAUACGAAGAGAUAGAUAAAAUAAAAAGUGCAAAAGCAAUGAAGCGUAUAAUGGAAUUGUGCUGGUCGUUUGAUCCUGGAGACAGACCAAGUUUUGCUAACAUCAGUAAAGACUUGAACAGAACGAUAUCAUUACACAAAAGACAUAGUAUUUCGGAGCCAGACAUUUUAAGUAGAUUCGGCUCAAUCAGUUGUUGCUAAAGAGACGAUUUUUGUAUUGACAUCUAUUACCGCUAACUGUUGUUUUUCCCUUUUUGUUUAUGCAUUAUCAUGAGAAAUUUAAAACAUAGGUGACAGUUUGAAAUGUGAUAUAACAUAUUGAUUUGAUUCACAGUUAUGCAAACUUGUUAAUUUCUUGUAUUGAUCAGCGGUAGUUUGGGAAUUUAAGUAUUAAUAUUUUAUUAGGAAAAUAAUUAAAAUUAAAAUAACCAAAUCACAAAAAAAUAAUAUGUAGACAAUGUUUCAUGGGUUUUUUGUUAAUGUUCCAUGUACUAUUAACUGACGGCAGUUAAAGAUGAACACACAUCAAGAUAUUGUAACGACAUUCAAUCUUAAUGGCAUAGAAAAACAAAGACCAUUUGAAAAUCUAAAAGAUCAAAAUUAAGGUCAAAGUACUUUUGACUUAACAUUCUGGUUUUAUUAUCUAGGGUGGUAGUACAAUCAAUAUUUUUUUAUUUACUAAUUGAUCUCUUACGGUUUGAAAUUAUAAAUGCUAACAUGAUCUGAUAUCGUAUUUUUAAAAGGUCUGAGAGACAUAAAUAUCACUAAUGACAGAGAUAUAUAAACAUUAGAUUGGAAAUUGAAAUUGUUUUACUGCAUUUAUAAAAUAUCAAAUGUCCUUGUUAUUCCCAAGUGAUUCGUGCAAUCAUGAUAAUUAUUAUUAAAAACAUAUCGUCAAAAUCAUCUUAAAGAUAAAAGUAUUGUUAAAUUCAUUUUGACUGCUAACCAUUUUAUCCUAAACCAGGGAACAUAAGACAUGUAUUCAGCCUUAAGAAUCGGAUAAUCAUCAACAUUGCCAAAGUUAGAUGAGUAGCAUUACGUGAAAUUAGUAAUAUGUACAUAAAAUAUUUUUCGGUCAUCAUAAUAUUUAAUCGUCACAGCUUUCAGUUGAAUUUUGGAUAAGGUCGAGCUAUAUAUGAUUACUUUAUAUUUUUUGUGUUCUAAAUUGCCGUAUAUUUAAACGUUUAAAAAUUAAAAUUAGAGCAGUCAAAAGUGAAAAAACAACAAUACCUAACUCCACGAGUCUUAGGAUACUUUUAAGAUGAAUUUGACGAAUGUUUUAGAAUAUUUUUAUACUACAGCAUUUUCUGUUCAUUUCCCUUGAUAUGUGAAGUAACUAAUGUUGUAGAGGCUGGUUUACAAAUGUAAAUUUUAUGCAAGUUGAGCAUAUAGAAUGAAAAUCAUGAGUUUUUAUUGAGGCCAUAUUUCUUUUGCUUUUAUUUCAACAACAUAUUAUGAAUAUGCAUAUUUUACGUGUGA